GGGGCGUGGGGAGGCAGCCAGGGGAGGGCUCUGCUCUCUGCCCUGCGGCACAGCCUCCCCCUCCCCUGGCCAGGAGAGCUGAGCACGGAAGAGGAACAGAGGAACAAGAACCCCCAGAAAUGUUGCCUCCUGGACUCAGGCCCCAGGCCCUGCCCUCCUUCUGCUUCUGUGUUCUGGUCCUGGCCUGUGUUGUGGCCCGCCAGCAAGCCGUGACCACAGAAUCCCCAAGCCCCCAACCGGGGCUAGCGAGUGGUUCUUGGAGCCUGCUGCCUGACAAGGUGAAGGUGCUGGUGACCAGGACCAGAGAGAAUUGGCAGUGGUUCUGGGGACCGGAGGCCUUCCAGGGCUUUGUGAAGACCUACUACGAUGACCACCUGAAGGGCCUGAGCGUCCGCUCCCAGGCCUGGCUCCGAAGCUCCAAAGACAGCCUUCUGAACCGGGCCCACAGCCUGUGCCCCCGGCUUCUCUGUGGGGAUGGGGACUAGAAUUAAAGUUUCUGCCGCCGCCACAAUAAAGACAUACUUCUCUUGUG